UAUCUCUUGUUCCGGCGGCUGAGGAUGGAAUCUCGCGAGCCGUAACUACGAGGAAUUCCCCCCUCACAGUCUGACAGGGAUGUCACUGAACACACAGGCAGGCAGGCCAGACGGGCAGGCCAGCAGGCAGACAGGGCCAUUUAGCACCUUCAGUGUGAGGUCGCCUCCAGUGCGGAUGCAUGUCUGCCUGACUUGGCAGCCACACAAUACCCCUGUCCUGUGCCCUUUGACCCAGAGGGAAUACACCACACACACACACGCACAGACACAGCAAGAUGUUCGGCUGGUCGCUGGUGCUGUCUCCGGAGCAGCGGUGCCCGGAGCCUCCCUCCCCUGGGGAGCUGGUGUCCCGCACCCUCAUGCUGGAGCUGGAGUCCCUGCUGAAGCACUCGGAGAGGCAGCAGCAGGAGAGGGCCGCCAUGCUGCGCAGACAGGGCUCCAGCUCCGGCUCCUCCCCCAGCGUGGACUACAGCUGGCUGGCCAACCCCCAGAGGAUCUCCUACCAGCUGCCCCCGCAGGACUACCUGGAGCUGAGGGAGCUGUGUGGCCGGGUGCCGCCCGCCCAGUGUGGGCCCCUCAUCCACAGAGAUCACCCCAGGGUAAUACAGCAGCGCUUCACCAGCGUACUCCUGGUCUCCAUCACAGCACCGUUUGUCGUGUGGGGAUGGACAGAAUGGAUGAAGAUUCCGUUAGGUGUGUCUUUCAUGGAACUACUGGGAAUUCGGCUGGAGGGAAUUGUGACUGCGGGCAUAAUGCCAUUGUUUCUCACUAUGAUGCUGUUUCUUGGUCCUCUAGUCCAGCUGGCAGUGGACAGCCCAAAAGGAGUUCUUCUUGAAAUUAGAUUUAAAUUUAAUCGGGAUUACUUAAGGCAGUGUGUGGGAGACUUGAAAUGGAUGCGAAACCAUGUGGUGGCGCCUCUGACGGAGGAGCUGGUGUUCCGUGCCUGCAUGCUCCCCGUGCUCGUACCCUGCAAUGGACCCACGGCAGCCAUCUUUACUUGCCCACUGUUUUUUGGCGUGGCCCAUUUCCACCAUAUCUCUGAAAGGAUCGGUGCGGGGGAGGACACACUUUUUGACAUCUUGGCCACAGCAGUGUUUCAGUUUGCGUACACAUAUGUCUUCGGAGUCUACUCGGCCUUCCUAUUUAUACGCACAGGUCACCUGCUGGCUCCUGUGCUGUGCCACUCCUUCUGCAACUCGGUGGGCUUCCCGGAGUUCGGGCGGGCCUUGGCGCACCCCCAGAGGGCCGUGCUGCUGCUCAGCUACCUGCUGGGGGUGGCGCUGUUCCUGCUGUUCCUCCUGCCCCUCAUGGACCCCUUCCUCUACGGCAAGGCCUCCAUCUGCAGCCUAUCUCUCCAUCCACGCACCACCUGCUGCUGACCAGCCUCUCCCAGUACCAAAGUCUCCACCCCUUCCUGUCGCCUCAUACAUGGGUUCACCGUGUUUACGUAUAAACACAAUGUUGUGAGGAGGGACAAGACACUGACAGCCAACCAUGUGAGCUAAUUUUUUGACCGACAGCGGUUUCCAACAAUCAGAGGUUGAGUUGUGCGCAGCUAGUGUCGCGCAGCUAUGAGAAAAAGGUCUUACAACGGCAAUCCAAAUCUUUAAGAUCCACAUACGUAUGCACCACCAAUCCACCAUGACUUGCCCUGUUCAUUUCCAUUCCAUUUUUUUGCGACUGAAGGCCCCAAGGUCAGGAAGUAGAUGGCGUGACCUAUAGAUGCCCCAUAGCGUGACUGGGUCCCUAGGAUGGGGGAAUGUGACCUGACCUGGCUGCCGGUCGGCCCAUCCAACCCCCCAUCCCCUGCAGAGCACGGGACAGUCAAUAAUUUGGAGUGGACUGAUGGUUUUGCCAUUGAGUCGUUAUUCAUGAUGUAAUGCAGUGGGGGUGGGGGAGGGGGAGGAGCAGAAACCAAUCUGACCAAGUUAUCUGCAGUCAGUCACAGAUAUUUUUUUCGCUCUUUGUUGAGCAAACAGACUUUUCACUUUCCACCUUCCAUCUGAAAGAGUCAAGAGAUGCAUGCAGUUUAGUAACCUAUGCAACUGUAAUUCAAUUUUCGAAAUGUAAUCAAAGUAAUGAAUCCAACUUACCUACAUGUUUCUUUUUCAAGAAACCUGAUACCUCAUAACUACGUAUGUUUACCCAUCUAGUUGGCAACAGGUGUACUGUUCUUUGUGUCCUCCACACAACAUACUUUUGCUGUCAGGGAACCAUUAAUCUGAGGUAAUGGUUAUUGUGAAUCCAGAUGUGUAUUUCAAAAUAAAAUGUUUGUUUUUUUAUA